AUCCGUAGCGUUGGUUCCGAAACUUGGAUCUCACGCAUCGCCAUCUCCCUACCAUCUGAGCUAUAUCUGCACUUCAGUCAACACGUUACGAUACACAAAACCCACUAAGCAUGGCCUGCCGCCUGAACCUAUUCCGAUCUCUUUUCUGUGUUCUUGUCCUCUGCCAGCGUAUAUUGGCUAUUGACUUCGGUCAGUCGUACAGCUCUAGCUACCGAGACCUCCGCUUGCCUCGUCGGUACACAGAGCACGACCUCAAACGGGACGAGACAAGCAACCAUGUCAACUUUCAUCCCGAAGGUGCCACCGAGGGCUUCUACUGUCAUUAUCCCGAGUUAAACUCGCAGGACUGGGAAGGUUGCAACGGCGGGGUAGAUAGUAGAUGGUGCUGGUUAAGACAAGCUCAAACGAACGAGUCAACUCAACGAAAGGGAUACACCGUCACAACGGACUAUGACAACUACGCUCCUAUUGGAAUUCAGAGACACUAUCACCUCGACAUUGCCAAACACACCAUUGCCCCCGAUGGUAAGCCUCGAGAGGCCCGUCUCUUCAACGGCACAUAUCCCGGGCCCUUGAUCGAAGCCUGCUGGGGCGACACGGUCAUCGUCCAUGUCACCAACAGCCUCGACGACGAAGGCAGCGUCAUUCACUGGCACGGUCUUCGUCAGUACUACAACAACGACCAGGACGGCGUGGCCCUGACGCAGUGUCCUAUUGCCAGGGGUUCCACGUGGACAUACAACUUUACUAUGCUGCAGUAUGGGACAACCUGGUAUCAUAGCCAUUACCCCUUGCAGUACGCCGAUGGCGUCCUUGGGCCCCUCGUAGUCCAUGGCCCAGCCAGUGCCCCCUACGACGUUUCCUACCCAUUGCCACACUUCAUGACGGACUGGGUGCACAAGUGGGCGAUGGAAGAGUUCGAAAACGAGAAGGAUCCGAAGGUCCGUGGAGCCAAGGCAGACAACAUCUUGUUGGAUGGUGUUGGCAGAAACAAAACAGCGGUGUCUGCUUACGAUGGCCAAGACAUUCGAUCGUUGUACCCCAUCACUGAAAUCCUUCCAGGGCAGAGGGUCCGUUUGCGACUAAUCAAUGGGGCGACAGGGACCUCGUUUAUCUUUUCUGUGGACGGACACUCGAUGGAGGUUAUUGCCAAUGAUCUAGUGCCUGUCAAGCCAAAGGUUGUUGACUCGCUUCUUGUCGCUAUUGGCCAACGUUACGAUAUCAUCAUCCAUGGCCUUGAAAACCCUUCGGCUGCAGGUAAUUACUGGAUUCGCACCACGCCCGCGGAUGGCUGCAACACGUUUCGUAACGGAGACUUCGACAGCACCGACAGCACGAGUCCGGAUCCCCUCGACACGCGGACCGGCAUCUUGCAUUAUGACAUCCCCAACGCCACGUACUUAUCCCUUCCCGAAUCAACCGAAAACAAUAUUGCAGAUUACUCGUGUGCCCGCAUAUCCGAGCAAGACUCCCUCCGCCCCAUCGUUCCCUGGUCCAUCUCCAAGACCCCGCUGAACAACCUUGCCCUUUCAACCUUCUACGCUGCUCACCAGACCAAAUCUGAAGUCAAGUAUGGUAACUACACCCAUUGGUUACUCCGUCUAGACCCCGCAGUUGAAGAAUCAGGAGAUAUCAACUUCCACAAUCCCAUGUUCGCCAACUUCAGCACCCCCUCGCUCCUCAACCUCACCAGCGUCGGGCAAGGCAAGAACGACAACGUCGUCCGGCUCCCUUACUCUUCCAACUCUUCUGACUUCAUCCACAUGGUCAUCGACGGGUCCCUAUUGCCUUCGACUAACCAAACCACCUUAAACCCGGACAUCAUCCCGCGCCUGGCACACCCGAUGCACUGGCAUGGAUCGGACGUGGUUCUGCUAGCCCAGAGCGAGCAACCGUUUGACCCGGCCACGUCCCGAGACACGUGGAACUAUGAUAACCCGCCGCGACGCGAUACCAUCAUGGCGCCCGCGGGCGGGUACGUGGCGGUGGCGUUCAAGCCGGAUAACCCCGGUGUGUGGCUGGUUCAUUGUCACAUUGCGUGGCAUGCCAGCGCGGGGUUGGCGUUGCAGAUGGUUAUCGAUGACGGGAAUGGGAUGGUGCAGAAUAUGCUGGAUGAUGACAAGUUGGAUAAGUUGCGCGGUGGAUGUGAUGAGUGGAAGGCGGAUCUGGGGAAGGUGGUUCGUCAUAAUAAGGUGGACUCGGGUGUCUGAAACUUUUUUUUGUCAGUUUUUGAAUUUUGGAUAGGAGACUAGAUGUAUGUGCGUUGAGAUUUGUUUGGAUAACCGGAUAUACCUGUAGGCAGGCACACGGAAGCGAGUCGUUCAUAGACUGGGCCACACGUAUAUAAGGACGACAGGGACUGAUAUCAUCGACAUCAUUUGAAGGAGUAGCGUUUGGACAUCUCUGAUUGAUAUCGUAAUGGUAAACAAUAACUGAAAAUCAAG